AUGGCAGGACCAAAGACAGCCCAGCGAGAGCUCAUCAAGACCACGCACACCGUCGCCAAGGUGCUCUCCUCCGACUUUGGUUUACGCAGCGGCUACGAGGUUGUCGAUGCCAACACUCGGACUCGACCUACAGCCGCGUCCUUGUCAUCAUGCGAGCUCAUAGGCGACAACGGGGCUGCAACAGCGCUGAAAGCUUUCCUCGCUCAGCAAGACAACAAGCCUGUCUCACCUACAAUGAGACGCGUCGCAAUCUCGCCCGAAUCGCUCGCUACCAUCAAAAGCGGAGACGUCGUCGUGAUCGAGCUGGAUCCGUCGAACCAGCUGAUGCUGGUCCACGCCGUCAAGGGACAGACUGUCUCCGGAACGCGACUGUCCCUCAGCAUCGAUAAUAUGCUGCACGAUGUCCUGGCCGCCAAUGAGGUGUUUGCGACCAACGAGACCGUCACCACCGAGCUGCCUUCCAUCAUCGCCAAGAUCGAUCCGAACAGCGUCGCACUUCGCUACGCAUGGGACGACAAGAGACCCGCCUUCAUCGGGCUGAAGGAAUGGACCACGCAAGAAGCGGUCGCCGCGCAUGAAAUUGUUUACCACGAGGGCGACUUUGUCUUGCUGGAGCCUCGCGACAACGGUCCUCUCCUGGACGUCGCGCAGGUCCACAGGAUUCGCAAUCAACAGGUGCUCGUUCGAUACCUGCAUCGUCAGGCAUUGCCCAAAUUCAAGGAUGAGCGCCUCUUGGUACCCUCGAAGGAGCUGGCGCGGAUCGACACGGCCACCUUCAAGCCUGUCGCCACCUGCCGCGUUUCGCUUCCUCCUUCCAGCACCUCUUGGACCACGGAAGGGUUCUACGUCAGCAAAGAGAACGCUCACCUGCUUCGAGCCGAGUGCGAAACCUGCACACCUGCUCAGAUGCAACGUCGAAAGAUCCGACGCAACUUGGAAGUCCUUCGCAGUAUGGAGUUGAUGUGCGGCGCCGGCGGUCUCAGUGUCGGCCUCGGCCUGUCGGGCGCCUGCGAGACCACAUUCGCCAUCGAUGCCGACACCGACUCGGUCAAAACCUUCAAGGGUCAUCAUCCGGGCGCAACGACGUACUGCUGCGACGCUGGUGACGCUCUCCACCGUGCUGUUUCCGGUCGACGUGCUAAGGAUGGUCUCGAACUGCCCCGUCGUGGCGACGUCGAUUUGAUUGCGGCUGGCCCACCUUGCCAAGGCUUCAGCCGCAAGAACAAGAUGGCUACCCGAAAAGCCGCCGAAGAUGACCCGAGAAACCUGCUUGUCUGCACGGUACUCGGUUGGGUCGAGUUCCUAAAACCUAAGUACCUGAUCCUCGAGAACGUCGAAGGAUUCACCGCGUCGAAGCUUGGCGGUCGCGAGCAAGGGAUGGUCAAGCUCGUGAUAAAGUGUCUGCUGGACCUCGGGUAUGCUGCCACGUGCGGCUUUGUCCAGUCUGGAGCCUUUGGAUGUCCGCAAUCUCGAGGCAGAUUUGUGCUACUCGCCGCGAGAGCUGAUGUGACCUUGCCAUCGCUGCCGAAACCCACGUAUCACUUCCUCGGCAAGGCCGCAACAUCUUUCACCUGGACGGAUGGUCACGGCACGUCUCAUGCAGCAGAACGACCUGACACAGCUGCGUUGCUUCCGACAGUGACCGUCCUAGAUGCGAUCGACGACCUGCCAGCCUUUGACUGGAAGGACCCGCACCUCAUCUACGCCGGACCGGAUCAGAUCGAGCAGGCACGUCAACAGCAGGACAUUCCGCAGCUCGAAGUCAGCUCCGGAUCAGCAACCGGCUUUGUCGCUGCGCAGUACCGCAAGCGACCGUCGAACUCGUUUCAAGAGCGCAUGCGUGUCUUUGCAGGGCAGAUGACUAGAGCAGUGUCGCAACAUCAGACAUCCGGUCCAAGCGCCACGGAUGUGGAACAGGUGGUCAACGUCGCCUUGCGUCCUGGAGCCGACUACGACUCAUGGAGCCAGCCGGAGGUCAACAAGCCCGCGCUGCUCGGCCCUCUCCAGCUCAAUCGUUGGCAGGACUCUUACUUCAAGUACGAACGCAUCGAUGGCGACCGCUACUUCAAGGUGCUCCUCACCGACGCGUCGGCCAAAGGCAGCAUGAUCCACCCGACCCAGCGCCGACUGUUCACGGUAAGAGAGUGUGCUCGAGCGCAAGGCUUCCCGGACUGGAUCGAGUUUGCCACCGACGCGAACCUCAAGUCUGCCUAUCGACAGAUCGGCAAUGCAGUGCCGGUGCCGCUCGCCGUGGCGCUCGGCGAGUCGAUCACGGCUGCGAGGCUCAAAGACGCCGAGCGAGCCAGUCGGCAGCCUUCUCAGUCGCCGAUCACAAUUGACGAUGAAUGA